AUGAUGAAGAAAAGACGUCACCGCAGAAACAAUGUAAAUGCAACACAGAAAGCAACCCUCAACAAAGACGCUGCUGGCAGCGAAGAAGUCGGAGACAGGCUUAGCAAGCUGCCUAAUGACAUUCUACUCAACAUUCUGGAGAGGGUGGACACGCUCGAUGCAAUAAUGACCUGCAUCCUAUCAAAGCGAAUGAUGAAGCUCUACACCAAGCUCUCGCAGUUCUUCCUAAGUUGUAGUUCCAUUCUAGGUCACAAUGUUAGAACCAACAGUGAAUAUGUCAGAACCAACAGUGUUGUGGCUCAUGUAACGGAUAAUAUCUUGAGCACAAAGAGUCCGGAGAUCACCAUUAGCAAACUCAAAAUCAGAUUCAUCUUGAUGCAACCUGAUUGUUACACAAUUGACAAAUCUGUCGCCCGCACCAUGGCAACACAGAAGGUUGGUGCAGCUGAGUUUGAGAUCAUAACAGAGAAAAUUCAUAAGAAGUGUUCUCCUGCCGAUCUCCUCUAUCAUGCGAAGCAGUUCAAUGAUUUUUUCAGUGCUUGUCUGGAUGCAUUUGCUGGCCUCAAGCGCCUGUGGCUGCGCAAUAUGAGGUUUGGUGAACUAGACAUACCCAACAUCCUCACCACUUGCAAGCUCUUGGAGUCUUUGCAUUUAACCAAUUGCGACUCGGGGAUGAAUUCUGUGGUGCAACUAGAACAUGCUAAACUUACUGAGCUCGAGGUCGAGUAUGGGAAAUUUGAGAUAGUUGAGCUGACAUGUCUACCAAAACUCCAACGGGUGAGCUAUAAGGGCUGGUUCAACUCUCAUAAAGGUCCCCUGUAUUUUGGUUUUGUACCACAGCUUUCAAAGCUGAGGCUUGCUAAAAUUGGCACCCGACCAACUAGGACUCUUGAGUUAAGUCAGCUCCUUGGUAAUGUUCCUUACAUAGGCAACCUGCAUCUGGAUUUUCAAAGUGAAAAGAUUUGGGUUCUGCCAGAAAGCUCGAAGCUGCUCAGGCCUGUGCUCAGCCAACUACAGCAGGUGAAUCUGGACAAUCUUUCUGAAGGAUGUGAUUUAGCUUGGCAAUGUUUAUUAUUGAAGCUGCACCGUCCCUAA